GUCUUUUUCGUAUAUCGAUUGUUUGACUCGUGGAACGAAACUUCCAGGAUGUUACCAUCUUCCGUCCUUCAACCUUCACGUCUCCCACUUCCUUCUUAGCUAUUUAUAUUUCUGUUCACACUUCCUUUAUUUUCAAGAAUUCUAUAUAUCAUUUUCAUUAAGACGGUGUUUGGGUCUAAAAAAAUGCUUCCAGGAGUUGAAUGUGCUAGGAAGAGACGGUUGCAUCAAAGAAGAGAAGGAUGUGAUCCCGCAACAACACGUUCUUUGUGUUUAUAUACACGAAACCUUCAAACUAGUACUUCUUCACCAUCAAUACCCUCUUCACUGGAAAGAAGCAUGUUAAAGAAGAAACAGUCUUUGAUUGAUGAGAAACUGGGAGGAUCAGCGAGAGAAGCCAAACGGAGAUUAGAUGAGAAGCUUAAAGCAUCUAUGAAGUCAGAAGAAAAUCAACAGCAGAAAAGGAAAAGUAUUUUUCGAGGUUUAUUGCGGCAACUCAAAGCUUAGUUAGUUUUUGGAUAUGAAUAACCUAGUAGAGGAAAUCACAAAUCCUGUUUGCUUAAAAUUUCUAAUUCAGUUUUUUUAUUCCUAAUUUAGUUUAUUAGAAAAAAGGUGUAUCCUUAAAACUAUUUUAAGCACUCUCUUUGAUAUUUUAGAGUUGGAAAACAGAUGAAACAACACAUUUUUAUCAUAUAUGUUGUAAUGGUUCGUCUAUGGUAAUACAACGCACCACUUCAUGAAGUGUUACUCCGAUGCGUCGUGCAUAAGUGCUCAAGUACCGCCUACAAGCCGCCACUAGCGCCUCUACACCCACGCUCUCAAACCCGGUCCCGGAGUCGGUGUCGCCGGUGGUUACACCGGCGAGGGUUGUUUGGAUAUAGCAUGUGGCAUAAUGCUUGGAACCACAUAUGUCCAUGUGACACCUUAUCCUCUUUGGCUCUUUUGAUGAGUUUAAUGUUUUAAGAUCUUUAUAAAUGCAUUUAUUGUUAUUAACUGAA